AUGGCGGCCUCAGAGACGAGCAGCACAGUGCCUGAGUCUCCAGAACCGGAACCGGAGCCCUGCGAAUCCACACAAGCAGAGCAGAACCAGGAUGAGGAGGAUGAGGACGAGGAAGCAUCUGAAGUCCAGCAGCAGGAGCCUUCAGACCCGGACUCUGUGGAGGAGAGAUUCAGGAUCGACCGCAAGAAGCUGGAGAUCAUGCUGUAUGCUCCCGCAGAAGCUUCUGGACAGUCAGGCGAGGAGUUCUUCGAGAAGGUGAUGCGAGAAACAAACACGCAGGUGAAAUGGCCGUCCAAGCUGAAGAUCGGCGCAAAAUCAAAGAAAGAUCCUCAUGUUAAAGUGGAGGGUAAGAGAGCAAACGUUCUGGAGGCCAAACGCAAGAUUCUGGAGCUUUUAGAGACUAAGGUCAAUAAAGUGACGCUGAAGAUGGACGUCACGCACACGGAGCACUCGCAUGUCAUCGGAAAAGGAGGAGGAAACAUUAAGAAGGUCAUGGAGGAAACUUCCUGUCACAUUCACUUCCCGGACUCCAACCGGAGCAACAGCGCAGGGGAGAAGAGCAACCAGGUGUCAAUCGCUGGACCGGUUCAAGGAGUGGAGUCUGCACGGAAACAGAUCCGGGACCUGCAGCCCCUGGUGCUGACCUUUGACCUCCCGGUGACCCUGGUGGGGGGUGUGGUUGCAGACACGAGCUCUCCGGUGAUCCAGCAUGUGGCGCAGGCGUUUGGAGUCACUGUGAGCUUCAGGACGCAGCCCAAACUCUACUGCAGCACCUGCAGCGUCAGAGGAGUCACAGCUAACACUGCUGCACUCAAGAAGGCGAUCUGUGUGCUGAUGGAGCUGCUGCUGGGGUCAGGAGUGAGCGGGGUAAUGGUGAGCACACAGCUGGAUGUUACUUCUCAACAACACUUGUUCCUGUUGGGGCAAAACGGAGCAAAUUUCCUGACAGUGAUGCACCAGACACACACACAGAUCAUCCUGCCUGACCUCAGCUCUCCGCAACACACACCCUCACUGCUGAUCCAGGGCACGGCUGACGGAGUGUGUCUCGCACGACAGCAGCUCAUGGACUGUCUGCCCGUUUGCCUGAUGUUUGAUUUGAAGGACGAGGGAGAGUCGGACCCUCGCAGACUCACCCAGAUGAUGCAGAACCUGGGCGUUUUCAUCAGCGUCAAACCCAAGGUCAAGCAGACAGCAAAGUCAGUGGUGGUGAAAGGUUUGGAGAGGAACAUUGUCAGUGUAUAUGAGGCCAGACGUCUGCUGCUCGGCCUGGACUCCACUGAGGUCUCUGUGUCCACCAAGAAUGUGUGUGAGGUCUCAGUGAUGAGCAAACCCUCAGUGGACCCUCUGCUGGCCAAUAACGGCAUCACAGGCUACUGGCUCAAUGUUCUCAUGCAACAACUGCGCCUCACUGACACAGGUUCUGUGUCCAUUCCGGAUGCAGUGAUUGGCUCUCUGUCUGGGAAGCCCCGCCCCACUCCUCCACCCCCACCCGGAUUGGCUGUUUCCUCAGAGGAUGGACGAAUUGGACUCAAAGGAGUGGAGUCUAAGUUAGAGAAGAUUCUGGAGAAUGAGGAUCAGCAGACACAGGCAGAGUCCGAGACCUGCGGCACGUCACAUUCAGAGGUGAACGAGGUCAGAGAGGUCAUCGUCAAGGCAACACCCUCAUCAAGGAGAGGUAGCCAAUCAGAGACCUUGAGGGAAUUCAACCAGCCAAUCACGUCCGAGAGGUCAGUGAGGGUGGAUGUGGACAGCGUUUAUCUGAAUAGAGACAGGCGCUGUAGUCUGAGAAUAUUCCCCUCCAUGGAUAUUAAUAAUGAGGAUCAUGAGUAUGAAAGAAAGAAGCUUCUGGCCAAUCAAGCCAUGCAGCAAAAGCCUGUGGUGACAGAGGUUCGAACCCCUACAGACACCUGGAGUGGUUUGGGUUUCUCUAAAUCGAUGCCCACUGAUGCUGUGAAAGAGCUGCGAGCCGUGAGCCGCCGCUGUUACAGACCCUACAACAACAACAACAACAACAAUAACAACAGCCACCACAGCCAGCAGCAGCAGUCGUGGAGUGGGAAGGAACACGGCUGGACCGGAAGCGACUCUGAGAACUGGAGAGAAAGACGUGGAUCUGCAUCUUCAUCUCCUCCUCCUUCAUCCUCCUCCUACAGUUUGUCAGCGUCCCGAACAUCGGAUGUCUUUCUGACCGAGGGUGGGGCUACAGUAUCCAGACAUUUGAUUGGCAGGUCUCCCAGUCCCGCCCACGCUGACGAUCUUAUUGAGUUACUGGCACAGCUGGGGCUGGAGAAAUACAUCGAUAUUUUCCAACAACAGGAGAUCGAUUAUCAGACGUUCCUCACGCUCUCGGAUGAGGAUUUGAAGGAAGUGGGUGUGAGCACGUUUGGAGCUCGCCGGAAGAUGCUUCUCGCCAUCGCAGAUUUAAGUAAGAAGAGGAAAAUUCCAGAAGCGUUUGUUGUGAAGUCUGGAUACCUGGAGGGCGGAGCCAGCGGUCGUCUUCCACGAAUCAUGGACGAGGACGUGGCUGCAAAAAGCAACCGCUGGUGAUGAGACAUGACUGCAAACACUCCACUGUUAUAUCCUAUAAGGCACCCGGGGCCAAUCUGCGUUUCCUGUCAUGUGGCCCACGGGGACCAAUCAAAGUAUGACAUGAUAGAUGAUUUCCAUAUAAGACAGAGAGGACAGAUGUGCUGUGACUCUCAGAGGAAACAUGCAGAGAAGCGUGACCUUCAGCAUGAACCCACUGGCUGUCCGGCAGCAACACUUAGUAUGCAAGUCUGUCUCUCUGACUGUCUCUACCUCUGUUUCUCUGUCUGCCGCUGUUCUAUGCAAAACUUUUAUCUUUAUUUUCUCUUCGUGUGAUGUUCAAAUAUAAGAAAGCUU